GUUACAGAAUAAAAAAAAUGUUUCAUGAAUUUGAAAAUUAUUUUAAAGACUCUACAGACUUUUUUUAUCAAUAUCAAUGGCUUUUUAAGUACCCAAUUACUAAAAUUUUAAUUGAAAAUUGUUUAAAUGAAUUUCCGGAUGAUUGGCUGGAUAUUUUACAAAAAUUAUCCACUGAAGAAUUGAAUAAAUUCGCAAAUGGUGAAUUAAUAAACGAAAAUUGGCCAUCGUCGCUGAUAUCGUUUGUUAAUAAAUGUAAAACACUCAACAAAUUGCCAUCGCUGAAAUUAAAAUCCGGUUGUUGUCAACUUCCGAAAACAUUCAAACUUGGAUUGAGUGAAAAGAAACAGCAUGAAAUUUAUUACCUUGCUGAAUUAAUUAACGAUAAAUGCUUGAAACAUAAUGUACGGAAGAUUGUGGAUUUUGGAGCUGGUUUGGGUUACAUUGGACAAUUAUUAAAUUAUUCAUAUGGCUAUGAGGUAAUCGGGUUAGAAUCGAGUUUAAACAAUAUUAAAAUAGCUGAAAAGAGACAAAAUUUAUUAUAUCCAGACUCUUUAAAUAAAGUAAAAUUUUUUCAUGUUAAAGUAUUAACUAAUAAUAAUGAUUAUUCAGAAAUUGAAAGUACAAUUAAAAAUUUAACAAACGAUAAAGAAUUUUGUCUUAUUGGUUUACAUGCAUGCGCGGAUUUAAGUGUCAAUGCCAGUAAAUUAUUUUCAAUUAUUCCAACAGCUAAAUUAUUAAUAAUGGUUUCUUGUUGUUAUCACAAGUUGGAAGAGACAGAUAAUGAAACCUUGAUCAAUUUUCCCGUGUCACAAAAUCUAAAAUGUAUUACUGACAAUGAUAGGUAUAAAGAAAUUUUACGUAGACCUUUUUUAAGACUCGCUUGUCAGGAACCAGCCAAACGGUGGGAUAACAUGUCUAAGGAUUUACAUGACAAACAUGCAUUCUAUGUUUUAUCACGCGCAGUUAUCGAGUUAUUUACUCAUCAAAAUAAUAUAAAAUUAACAAAGUGUGUCAGGAAAGCAACAAGAAAAUCUCAGUGUAAAAAUUUUGAAACUUAUCUGCAAGACACAUUGGAGCGAUAUUAUUUCAAUGGAAAUAAAAUGUCGGAUGAUGAAGAAUUUAAAAGUAAUAUUAAAAAUCUAUGGAAGUUUAAUGAAUCAAAAUUAAGUAUUGUAGAAAUUUACACUGGAUUACAAUUAUUAUUACAAGCCCCAGCGGAAUCAUUGGUUUUAUAUGAUCGGUAUUAUUGGUUAAUUGAGCAAAAUUACUCAGCAGAAAUAAUCGCCGUUCUAAGUAAUAUCAUUUCUCCAAGAUGUUAUGCUACUGUUGCUGUUAAAUGA